AUAUCUUCUUCACCAAUCGCCGAUCCUCUCUAUCUCUUCUUCACCCAAUCACUCUCCUAAUGAAAGUCUUCAAAAAAAUGGAGUCUCUUCUUGGCCGAAGGAAAUUUCAGACGUUCUUCUUCUUCCUUCAUUAAGUUUACGUUGGGAGUUGGGUUCUUCCGCUGAGAAACACUGGAAUUGCACAAUGGUGGUAUUCAGGGUAGAUUCUUCACAGACAAAUAUUUAGCUUUCAGUCAAGCUUCCGUCUUCUACUUUACUUGCUAGAAAGAAUUCCAGGUAUAGUUUACAGGGAGGGGAAGAAUAGAGAUUAACAAGAGUCAAAAUGAAGGAAAAAAUCUAGGAAUAAAAUGAUGGGCUCGGAUCUGCCCUUGCAUCAAUAUACACAAGAUCUUUCCACUGGCAAGUGUGUCAUCUUUAGUCAAAGGUGAUUCUUCAGCACCUACUCUUGGCUUCUCUUCUUCAGCCCUUCCGUUUUGAGUUUUUGCUACAACUGAAGACAUGAAGGAUUACUUGCCUAUCACCUUUUAGUGAGGGUCGUGUAUUUUUUAAAAAAAGAUUUUUGGCAUGUGGGCUGCCAUAUGCACAGAAGAUUGUAGUUGUAGUUGAUGCAAGAUUUGCGACCCAGACUAUUGUUGCUGUUGUUGAAGCACACGUUGCUGUCGAGGCGGUUGUUGGUGAUUGCCUUAGUUGAUGAAUACUUGAAUAUGAAAUGAAGGGGAAUUUGGUGAAAAUAGCGAAUGCAUUUGCUUUAUCCACUGCACCUGCGUUAAAAUGCUCGGUACCAAAGGUGAUGAUGCAUUCUGAGUCAUUCCAGAUAACUAAGGAUUCAUAAAUGAUGACGUACUAUGAAGGUUCUGUGCAUAAAAAUUCUAAACAAUUGUAAUCCUAAAAUAUCAAAAAUGUAUUAUUGUAUAGUUCACACAUGAACUGGGAGUCAUGUAUUUUUUUUAAAGGGUCAUUGUUUUUCUUAAAUCUUUUCCGCAAUUGUUGCACUGAAACCAUUUCUUCCUUUAUUUUUUAGCAUAUAUGGUGACACCAUUUCAUAUGAUAAGCAAUGGCCGGUGGAAAAUCCAAGAGCAAGGCCUCGAAGAAGAAGACCGCCGCCGAGGCUACGAGCUCUGCACCUCAACCCUUCCCAUACCUCGACGGGUCCUUCUUGGAGUUCGGGUCGGAAGAGGAACUCUCUCGUUUCAUCACCUAUUUCGCCAAGCACCCGAUCUCUCCGCCCCGCGUGCUCCCGGAGCUGUACCCUCAACAAAAGGGGUACCACGACCUCGACAAUCAACUCAAAGAGUCUGGUCUGUGGUCGUUCGUCUCCAGAAGCCGUCAAUCCUUCAAUCCCGCCUACGUUCGGGCUUUCUACUCCAAUCUCCGCCGGGACGGGGACACUAUUCGCAGCAGCAUCAAUCUCGUGGACUUCGAGUUUGAUUUGGCUACCUUUGCCAGGAUCGCGGGUUUGCCCACUCGCGGUGACGACAUCGCAACUUAUGGUGGCGAUGAUUGGAUCCUCAACAACGAGGCGGUGGUCAUCCGAGAGCUGGGAAUCACCAACCUCGCGAAAUACGUCAUGAUCCACAUGGCGGAUUGCGCCUCAAUCGCCACCAAAAGGAGCUUGCCCUACGCCUUCCUCGUCAUGGAUCUCAUUGUCGCGGCCGAAAUCCACAUCGCCGGCCCGGCCACGAAGGUGACGAAGAUUUGGAUCAUCCAAGAUAGCACCUUCCGGAAGAAGUCCGGUGACGAAACAGGCACCGGACCGAGUCGUGCUCGUGCCCCUGCCACAACCCCCGCUCCCGCCAAGGCCUCCUUGCAGUCGAUAGCCGAUACCCUGAAUCGGCUAACCGUCACCGUGGAUGGCAUGGGCCAGUACCUGGAGAGGAUGGACUGGUCGAUUCAACGCCAACGCCACGACAUGAGGGCGUACUUCCGGGGGAUCAACUACGUCCCGCCUCCCUUUGACAGCACCAUCCUCGGCCAAAACUAUGAAGGCGAGGACGAGGACGAUGACUCCUAUGCUCCGUCCUCCUCCCCCGACGAGGCCGAUUUUGAGGACGCGGUCGACGGGGAUCCCAUGGACGUUGAGGACGACGAAGAAGACGAUGACGCCGAGGACGAGGACGCCGCUGCCUAGACUCUUCUUUCUUUUCCUUUCCUUACUAUGAUUGUCUCUUUACUAUUUCCAUUCCGUUGUAUUCCGCAUUUCCUUUUUUAAAGAAAUAAAAGUUCACUUUUAAAAUCUAAAGUUUACUUUUAAUUCUUUUUGUUAAUGUCAAAAGGGGGAAGAUAUCAAGGUUAUGCAUAAAUUGAGGGGGAACUA